AACAAUGGAGUUUUGAAGAGGGUAUGAUUUGGGGGUAUUAGGGUAAACGCAUCAGCUAUCUCCGUCGUGGUUGUGGGUCCCAUUCAUGAUCUUCAGAUUUUGUGGGAGUGUCUUGGAAGAAAGCGCUCCCAAAAAUUUAAGCACCCUCGGCUUUUAAAUUGAAGAUAAAUAUAACCGAAGGCGUUUUGUUUUGUUGCCUUGCGUUGCGUUGUGUGGAUGUGAAGUUGGGAAAUGGGGAGAGCCUUUGUGUAUGUGAUUCUUGGGGGAGGCGUGGCUGCUGGCUAUGCUGCUCUUGAAUUCGUCAAAAAAGGAGUCUCUCAUGGUGAACUCUGUAUUAUUUCCGACGAACCAGUUGCUCCUUAUGAAAGACCUGCAUUGAGCAAAGGAUUUUUGCUUCCAGAAGCUGCUGCACGGCUUCCAUCCUUUCAUACAUGUGUUGGUGCAAAUGAGGAGAGGCUAACUCCCAAAUGGUAUAGAGAACAUGGGAUUGAAUUAGUUCUUGGAACCGGAGUUAAAUCUGCUGAUGUGAAACGCAAGACACUUUUAACAACAACAGGAGAGACCAUAAGUUAUAAGUUUCUUAUUGUUGCUACUGGUGCACGGGCUUUGAAGCUGGAAGAAUUUGGGGUGAGUGGAUCAGAUGCAGAAAAUGUCUGUUAUUUAAGAGAUAUAGCAGAUGCAAAUAGGCUUGUCAAUGUUAUACAAUCUUGUCCAGAAGGGAAUGCUGUUGUCAUUGGUGGUGGAUACAUAGGCAUGGAGUGUGCAGCAUCUCUAGUGAUCAAUAAAAUGAAUGUGACAAUGGUCUUCCCUGAGGAACAUUGCAUGGCUCGUUUAUUUACCACAAAAAUAGCAAACUACUACGAAGAAUAUUAUAAAUCAAGGGGAGUAAACUUCGUUAAGGGAACUGUGCUGUCAUCAUUCGAUUUUGACUCCAAUGGGAAGGUUACAGCUGUUAAUCUUAGAGACGGAAGCACGCUAUCUGUGGACAUGGUUGUGGUGGGAAUUGGAAUACGUCCAAAUACAGGUCUGUUUGAAGGCCAGCUCACUUUGGAGAAAGGUGGAAUCAAAGUAAAUGGGAUGUUGCAGUCAAGCAACAGCUCAGUCUAUGCCAUUGGAGAUGUUGCAGCAUUUCCAGUCAAAGCAUUUGGGGAAACUCGAAGACUUGAGCAUGUUGAUUCGGCUCGGAAGUCUGCAAAACAUGUCGUUGCUGCAAUAAUGGAACCAGACAAAACAGGAGAAUUUGACUACAUUCCUUUUUUCUACUCCAGAAUCUUCACAUUGUCUUGGCAAUUUUAUGGGGAUAAUGUUGGGGAAGUUGUAUAUUUCGGAGAUAUGUCAGGCAGUGCAUUUGGAGCAUACUGGGUAAGCAAGGGUCAGCUUGUUGGGGCUUUCCUUGAAGGUGGAAAUAAAGAAGAGUAUGAAGCUAUAGCUAAGGUCACGAGUUUAAGGCCAGCAAUUGAAGACUUGACUGAACUGGAGAGACAGGGUUUGAGGUAUGCAGUUACAGUUAGCCAGAAACCAGCGGUGUCACCCCCAGUGGAGGUUAGGGCCUCGGACCUACUUUUGGAAAAACCAUUAUAUGCUUGGCAUGCUACAGCUGGGGUUAUUAUUGCCGCAUCAAUAGCUGCAUUUGCAUAUUUUUAUGGAAAAAAACGCCGCAGAUGGUGAAACAUUUAAGAAGAUUACCAAUUCGUGGGCAAGGAUGUGAACGGAUUUUAGACUGAUCUUCAAGCUGUAACAUUGAUAAGCUUAGGAUUAGGAUAUUUUUACUUGUUAUGUAUCCGAUCCAAUUUACUGGAUGACCAUUCUUCAGUUCUAUUGUUCAUACGGUUGUUGUACCAAAAACAAAUCCAAAAUAUAUAAGUGGGCAUCAUUAGGAAGAUAUUCGCACAGCA